GCCCCGGCUCGCCGGGGCCCAGCGGAAGGAGGGGCGGGAUGCGAGCCUCCCCCAUGGCUGCUCCUGUGGGUGCCCGUUCCAGGAAGAAGCGGCUGGAGUUGGAUGAUGACUUUGAAGGGGCAUGUCCUGUCCAGAAACAAGCUCGGAGUGAGCCCCCAUCCAGGCCGCCCCGCUGCCUCCCGCCCCUGAGCCGACCCCCUGCUCCAGAUCACACAUCUGCUGUGAGCGCCACCUCCCGUCUAGGGCCCUAUGUCCUCCUGGAGCCCGAGGAGGGGGGCCGGGCCUACCGGGCCCUGCACUGCCCCACAGCCACCGAAUAUACCUGCAAGGUGUACCCCGCCCGCGAGGCCCUGGCUGUGCUGGAGCCCUACGCGCGCCUGCCUCCCCACGAGCACGUGGCGCGGCCCGCUGAGGUCCUGGCCCACCCCGGGCUCCUCUGUGCCUUUUUCCCUCGGACCCGCGGGGACAUGCACAGCCUGGUGCGCCGCCGCCGCCGCGUCCCCGAGCCUGAGGCCGCCGUGCUCUUCCGCCAGAUGGCCGUCGCCGUGGCGCACUGUCACCAGCACGGCCUGGUCCUGCGUGACCUCAAGCUGCGGCGCUUUGUCUUCACAGGCUGUGAGAGGACAAAGCUGGUGCUGGAGAACCUGGAGGAUGCCUGUGUGCUGACCGGGCCAGAUGACUCCCUGUGGGACAAGCACGCGUGUCCAGCCUACGUGGGACCCGAGAUCCUCAGCUCCCGGGCCUCAUACUCCGGCAAGGCGGCGGAUGUCUGGAGCUUGGGCGUGGCACUUUUCACCAUGCUGGCUGGCCACUACCCCUUCCAGGACUCAGAGCCUGCCCUGCUCUUUGGCAAGAUCCGCCGCGGGGCCUACGCCCUGCCGGACAGCCUCUCGGCCCCGGCCCGCUGCCUGGUCCGCUGCCUCCUCCGACGGGAGCCGGCUGAGCGGCUCACGGCCAUGGGCAUCCUGCUGCACCCCUGGCUGCGGGAGGACCCAAUCCCCUCCACCCUUUGCCGAUCCCACCCCUGGGAAGCUGACCAGGUGGUUCCUGAUGGGCCAGGGCUCGAGCAGACCGAGGACGAGGAGGUGGAAAGAGAGGUGGGUCUGUACAGCUAG